CGGCGCCUCUCCGUCAAAGAUCUACGACGCCACCCCUCCAUCGCUCGCGCCCUCUCCGGCACCCGCGUCGCCGUCUCCAUCAUGGUCCCCAACGACCGAAUCCCCUCCCUCGCCUCCAACGAAUCUGCCGCCGACGCGUGGAUCUCCACCUUCCUCCUCCCCUUCUACCCCAAGACCCGCGUCCGCUUCCUCCUCGUCGGCAACGAGGUCCUCUCCGACCGCACCAAUAAGGGCGCCUGGUUCGAUCUCGUUCCCGCCAUGAUCAACAUCUACAAAUCCCUCAAAAAGCACAAGAUCGAUGACAUCAAAGUGGGGACCUCCAUGGCCAUGGACACCCUCAGUGCUACGACUCCCCCCUCUUCAGGCGAAUUCAGACCCGAUAUCGCCGAGCCCGUUAUGAAACCCAUGCUGAAGUUCCUCAACGAUACCGGAUCCUAUUUCUUCCUUGAUGCGUACACCUACUUCCCUUGGUCUUAUAACCACACCAAAAUCAGUCUCGAUUACGCCCUCUUCGAGGCCAACUCCUCCCUUUACUACACCGAUCCACUCUCCAAAUUGACCUACACGAAUCUGUUCGACGAGAUGCUGGAUUCCGUUAUUUUCGCCAUGAAACGGGUCGGGUACGGAUCCAUAAGGCUCUGCGUCGCCGAGACCGGCUGGCCAAACGCUGGAGACAUUGACGAGAUAGGGGCCAACAUUCACAAUGCGGCCAUUUACAACCGCAACCUCGCCAAGCGGUUCCGGAUGCGUCCCGGUACUCCGCUCCGACCCGGUUCGUACAUGCCCAUCUUCGUGUUCGCGUUGUACAACGAGAAUAUAAAGCCUGGGCCGGGAACGGAGCGGCACUGGGGGGUUCUGUACCCGAACGGGACUCGGGUUUACGACGUGGACUUAACGGGGGAGCGAACGGAGUUCGCUCCGUUGCCGCUACCCACGAAUAACGAGCCGUACAAGGGGAAAAUAUGGUGCGUUCUGAGGGCUGAUGCGAAGAAUGAGACGGCGGUGGGAGCGGCGUUAAGUUAUGCCUGCGGACAGGGGAACGGCACCUGCGACGCCAUACAGAAGGGGAGGGAGUGCUACGAGCCGAAUAAUUUGUUCGCCCAUGCGAACUAUGCGAUCAAUUCGUACUGGCUCAAGUUUAGGGACCCUCAGAACUGGGCGGCUACUUGUUAUUUCGGUGGUCUCGCGGAGCAGGCUACCGUGGAUCCGAGUUAUGGUUCGUGCAAGUACCCGAGCCUCAACGGUUGAAAGGAUUAUCGCCGGCGUUUUCUUAGAGCAGUGUUAUUCGUCGCAUUAGUUUUUUUUUUCCUCCUCCUUCUAGUUAAGUGAUUGUUGUCGUAGUGUUUUUAAAUUAUUUGAUCUUUGUUCUGAAUGGGUUUGGCGUUAUUAUUGUAAGAUCAUUAACAUUUUUUGAAUGAUAACAUCCAUUAUGAUAA